AUGGCUGACCCGCUGAGCAUUUCUGCUAGCAUUGCGGGUCUUAUCUCUCUCGCGGAUAUUGUCUUCCUGCGCCUGACAAAAUACAUCAAGUCAGUCAAAGAUGCUGAGACAGAAAUCAAUGACCUUUGCAAAGAGGUCAAUCUGCUUGGCGGUGCCGUCAGUAUGCUGUCGAGAUUAGCGAGAGGCCACGAGAUGGAAGCCGAGCCAUUCAAUCGGAAGUUCCGAAUGUACCACAUCGAAGGAUGCGCUUUCAUCCUCAACGAGAUCACUCAGAAGACCAAGAAAUACGACGCGAACCCGAGAGGCAAGCUCCUGAAGCUAAUGUGGCCGUACACCUCCUCGAAGACCAAAGAAUUGCUUGCCAACCUCUCCCGCCACAAAGAAAAUAUCAACUUGGCCUUGACAGCCAAUUCCAUGGAGGCACUACUACGCUGCCUUGCAACAGAGGAAGACAGAGCAAAAGCAAUAGCCGAAGUUCAAGCCGAAGUUCAAAAGGCUCGAGAAAUUGUGGUGCGGAUUGAAGAGGAUUCCCGCCGGAAAGAAAUCCUCCAAUUCUUUCUGCCCUACAAUCCGCAGCCUAACUACGAAAUGAGUGUAAAGCUACGUCAUCCAAUGACCGGCACGUGGCUUGAACGUCUUCCUUCUUUUCAGACAUGGCUUUCGAGCCCCUGUUCGCGACUCUGGCUGAGCGGAAUCCCCGGUGCAGGUAAAACUGUUCUGGCGGGGUCUAUCAUCGGACAAGCCCUUGUGCGAAGCUCAGACACCGUAGCCGUCGGAUUCUUCUUCUGUGACUACAAGAAUGAGUCGACGCAGACGCCAGUAAGCGUUCUAGGGGCCUUGGCUCACCAGCUUGCUCGACAGAACGAACAAGCCUACGUAACGCUUGAAGAGUAUUACAACGAGCUUCACCCCGAGAAGAGCUUGCCACGUCGCCCUGAUGCAGAUGACCUUGUAAGAGUCAUCGUGACAAUGGCACAAGCCUUCGAUCGAGUAUAUUUGGUGGUUGACGGCCUAGACGAAUGCCAAGACAGCACAGAUGAGGUUCUAUGGGCUCUAUGCACAAUUGCCGAAAGCUGUGAUGAGAUUUCUAUGGCAUUAUUGAGUCGCCACGAAGACAAUAUUCGAGAGAUUCUCCAAGAUCCGGAGACCAGCUUUAUCAACAUUCAGAUUGCAGCUCACAAGGAGGAUAUCACUGAGUACGUCGCUUCGGAAAUCCAGCAUCGGAUAAGGAACAGGAGGCUUCAUCUCGAAGACUUAUCCUUGCAAGGGGAAAUUCUUGACACCUUGGUAGACGGCGCCAAUGGAAUGUUCCGCUGGGUUGCCUGUCAGCUCGACCACCUCGGAUCCUCAUAG